ACAAAAAGAUAAAUCAAGAAUGUCUUAUAUCUCAGGUAGAAGGUCGUCAAAUUUCCCUGAAAGAUCUUUCUGAAAUAACUAAUACUACAGAAGUAAAGAAGACUUCCUCGUGGACUUAAGACAGCCAGACACUGUGUCCCAUGGCAUCUUAUCACAUCCGCAAAUACCGGGAGCCAGACCACGAGCAGAUUGUGGGCUUGUAUUCAAAGAGCAUACUUGAGCAUGCCCCCACCACCUUCCACCACCUUCUGAAGCUGCCCCGAACCCUUGUGCUCUUGCUCGGAGGACCCCUGUCAGUCCUCCUCCUCUCUGGCUCCUGGCCUCUGACCGUCCUGGCUUUCCUUUUGCUCCUCACUGCCCUGAAGUACUUUGCCAAGAAACCUUGGAGCCAGUAUAUAGUCAUGAGUUUAAAUACAGACAUGUCUGACAUCAGCAAAUACUACUUCAGCGAGCGAGGGUCUUGCUUCUGGGUGGCUGAGUCCGAGGGGCAGGUGGUCGGCAUGGUAGGGGCUCUGCCUGUGAAGGAGCCCGCCUUGAGGAGGGUGCACUUAGAGCUCCUCCACAUGUGUGUGGACUUAGGUCACCGAGGUCAGGGGAUAGCCAAGGCCCUGGUGAAGACUGUCCUCCAGUUUGGGCAGGAUGAGGGCUACAGGGCAAUUGUUCUCAGCACCACCUCCAUGCAGCACUCGGCCCUGGCCCUCUACCAAGGCCUGGGUUUCCAGAAAACCGGAGAGUUGUACUACUCUUUGAUCUGGAGACUCGCGGAGAUCACUUUUAUUAACUUCAUCUACCAGUUCCCCGCUGCUCAGGUUUCCCAGGGGCCAAAGUAGAGAGAUGUAUUCUAUGGAUGGUAUUUCAUUAGGAUGAUGGUUAUGCUUCAAUAACAAGUGCACCUGAAAUCUCUGUGGAUUUUACUUGCUAAUAAAAGUAAUGUAAACAAUUAUAUAUGGUACUGGAUAUUAGUACAUUCAUUGUACUUAUUAAAUUCACGGUCCUGUAGUA